AUGGCAGCCGGCGCGGAGACCGUCACCACCGGCCCUGAGUGCAGCAAGGUGUCGCCCCUGGCCCUGAGCGUGCUGGGCAAGAUCCCCGCACCCCCAUCCAACCAGCUUUGCUCCUGGCUUUUGAAAGGCGUUAGUGGGCUCGUCACCACCUGCCAGCAGCUGGCCAUCAUCGAGACGGGCCUCUCCCGGACGUCUGGCGGCAACCAGAGCUGCAACACAAGCGACCCACAGCUGGGGCAGUACCCCUUGACGGGCAGCCCAGCACCCCUGGAAGAUGCCCGCCCGCUGCCGCCAGGUGCCUUUGCAAAUGUGUCUGACGUGUACGAAGAGGAGGGGGCGACCUUCCACUGGCUGUACCAGCUGGUGCGCAACCUGGAGAACUCCCUGCCCUGCUCCCUGGAGGGCCUGCCCUGGCAGCCGCCGCAGGGCUGGGCGCUGCACACGACCCUGCGGCUGACCGAGGGCGGCGGGCAGCGCGUGCCGUUUGGCGCCGUCAUCGUCGACCCAGCCAGCAGCCAGAUUGUGGUGGCGCUGCGGGGCACCAUGACGGGGUUUGAGUGGGGGCUGGAUUGGCAGUACAAUCAGACGACCACCACGCCCGAUGUGUUUGGCGUGCCGGUGCAUGCCGGCUUUGGCGGCGCGUUUUCGGAGGUCUGGCCAGACAUCGAGGCAGCCCUUCAGGAGCUGGUGGUGUUUGUGGUGGGGCACUCGCUGGGCGCCGCGGUGGCUACCCUUGCCUCCUAUGCCGCUCAAUCCUACCUCGACGAGCAGCUGGGCGAGGGCGCCCCGGUGGUGGGCGCCGUGCUGGUGGCCCCGCCCAACGUGGCUGGCCCCGCCUUUGUGGCGGAGUUUGACCAGCGGGUCAACGCCCGGCGCCUCGCUUUCCAGUUCGACAUCGUGCCGCAAGCCUUCUGCACGCCGACCAUGCCCGCCUGCGGCGGCGCCAGCGCCGACGCCAGCCCCGUGGGCGCGCUGCUGGCCAAGGCUGGGGUCAGCGUGAUGCCGACCAACAUGCCUGGCAAUGUGUCAGCCUGGAACUACAGCCAGGUUGGAGGCGGCCUGCCCAUCGCAGGCGACGACAUGCCGCAGGAUGCGGCGGCGUGGCCCGCGCUGCAAAGCAUCCAGCUGUGCUGGGCGGUGGAGUUUCUGCUGGCUUCGCACGUGUGCUCGUACACCUGCUUCACCUCCCAGUUUGCCGCUGACGCCGACGCCGCAGCCCGGCACAGCAACUGCUGGCUCAGCCCCAAGCCGGGCGGCGCCGAGGGGUCGGCCUGCAUGGGCUGGCCGUCGGCAUACCCAGGGGUGGAGAUGAAGCGGCUGGGCAUCCCGCGCGAGACGCCCUGCGCGGUGCAGCAGUGGGAAGGACAUGCCUUUGUGUCCUUUCUGUAG